AUGGCCUCACUCAGAGUCGCCGUCAUCUCCCUCGCAGCAUCCGUUGUCUAUGCAUACCCGACGACGGAUCACUCCGGAGCUGGAUGCCUAAGCGUACCAAAGACAGCAGAAGGUGCUUCGAUACCACAUAGCAACUCCUUUGCCUCAUUCUCAUUCGAACCUGCCUUCUGGGUUGAAUUCUUCGGUAAUGCUAGUACUCCCAACAACCUUACUUUCAGUGUCUUGAACAGGAUCCAUGAGCAUGGUGGAAGUCCUGUCAUCCGACCUGGCGGCAUUACCAUGGACAGCAUGAUAUUCGACGCAGACGGUGGCGACGUGGUGCGUACCACUAGUCCGGAAGGCGGCGUAUGGCGGACCACUGUUGGACCUGACUACUACAAGAGUUGGAGUAAUUUCCCCAAUGGCACCAGGUUCAUCUCAACUCUCAACUUCGGUAAUGAGAGUUUGGAAAUCUCUACAGGCCUUGCAGUCGCAUCGCUUACCUAUCAAUCCGACAAGGUCGCGUACCUUGAGCUUGGUAACGAGCCGACCAACUAUGACGAGAGCCGGUGGAACGAUUCGACUGCAGCCUAUGUGCAGCAAUGGAAACAGUACACAGCUAGUAUCGAUACCGCGCUGGAUGCUUUGAACAGUUCAGAUCUUCCUCAAGAGCGCUGGUGGGCAUCUUCCGCCACGACUGAUGACUCAGGCCUAGAGGUUCGACCUGCAGCACUCAUCCCUGCAGGCAUCGACUCAGAAGAUCAGGUUGGCAUAUAUUCGAUACAUUCGUAUGCCUUCUCAACCUGCGAUCCAGAACGCGCCGCCUUGGCCACCAUCGAGAACAUCCUCAAUCAUACCGAGCUCACACGCUACUGCGAUGAAGAAAUUUACCCGUCUGCCCGCGCUGCUCUCGAUGCUGGAAACAACUGGAACAUUGGCGAGUUCAACUCCGUCUCUUGCUCCGGUGCACCAAACGUCACCGACACAUUUGCGCAAGCACUCUGGGUCAUUGAUAGCGAGUUAAUAUACGCGACAAGGAAUGCCAGUUCCACGCAUCUACAUCAGGGUGCUACGCUUGCCCUUCAGUCGGACGAACAGCUCAACACGCCCGGUGCAAAUGGUAGUCCAGGUUUCAGCACUUAUUCAAUGCUGUACCCUCGCGACACCGAGUUGAGAGGCCCGGCACGAACUCUGCCCUCUUUCCUCGCGCAGCUAUUCAUGGCUGAGGCCUUUGCUGUGCCUGACACUCGGGUUCGUGCUCUCGAACCACCUGCUGGCGUUGAUCCAGAGUCGUUCUCUGCAUAUGCGUUCUACGUUGACGAUCACCUAUCCAAGCUAGCACUCGUCAAUAUGAAGCCUUUCUACGCCAACUCGACAGAUAACUUCUCUGUACAUGUUGAUCUAUCGGGCGCUGUGGGUUCCGACGGCGGAUGCUUAGGUGUAAAGAGAUUGACGGCACCAUUCGUGAACACUGGGAAUAGCUCCUUGACAUCUUGGGCUGGGCAGUCAUUUCCUCAGGGUGAGCCGAUGGGCAAUGUGGUUGUUGAAGCGGUUGGGACAGAUGCUGUAGUGAACGUGAGGGGUAGUGAAGCAGUACUUGUGUUCUUCGACAAAGACAGCAUAUAUGGUCUAUAG